CAACUCCUCCGACGACAGCAACGGUUUGCUUUUGAGAGUCACUCCAGAAGGAUCACAAGAGCCAAUAUGCGUUUUGCUCUCAUCAUCGCUGCUUUGGUCGCUGGUGCCUUGGCAGGGCCGGUUGCCGAACCUUUCGAGGUACUCGACAGGGACUCUGUCUCAUUGCCCGAUUUCGAACUCUCUGGGCUUGGACUCCACGGGAGGAACGUGAAGUUUACCAAAGGAAAGGUAGAGGGUCUGAGCAAGGUCCUCAAGCCUUUCUAUGCUUGUAAUGGACGUUACAAGGGCGAACUGUCUGUCAGCGGCCUCAGUUUCACCUACAAGGCCGUAGCCACUCACCCGGAGCAAGAGUUCGACGUGGUAGUGGAAGUGCGACAUGGCCUCCUAAGCGUGGACAGCGAGAAGGGUUUCGAAGGAAAUUUCGAAGUCGAGGAUCACCACGUGAGGUCUCUCCACCAGUACGUCAGGCAACCAGUGGAAUUCAGCAGCGACAGGGCAGAUACCCGCCUGUUUGAAGAGCAGCUCAAGCACAAAUUGGCUCAGUUUUUGGACGAAUUCACGCAGACCGCCGCUUUCAAGGUUUUCUUUAAGAAUGCAGUCUAACAUGGAGGUUCAAUAACCUGCCCAUGAGGGUUUGUUAACGCGCGGAAUACUUUCUGUACAAAUGUUACAAAUAAAUGAUAUGAGUAACGGA